AUGGAAAAUAAUCCAAACCCACACACACCAUCUUCUUCAAUACCAACACCACCAACACCACAAACACCAACACCAACACCAACACCACCAAUCCAAACAACAACAACACAAUCAUACACUGUAUCAUCAAUACAACCACCACCAGAAAUUAAUAAUGAAACUCAUCCAAAUUUUACAAUGAGAGGAGCAUUACCAAAUCAAGGAGGUACAUAUGACUCAAAUUCAUUUCGUAAUAAUGCCACACCAAAAGUUUAUAAACCAGUAUUAUCAAUGGGAAAAUUUAGAGUAAUUGCAGGUAUUUUAUGUGCAACUGCAUUUUAUGUCUCAAUCGUAUCGGAAUAUGGUGACCAUAAUAAUCAAAAGAAAAAUGUAACUUCUGAAUUUAGAAAGGCACAUGAUGAAAUUGUAUCAAGUUGGUUAGGUUUUGAUAUUAGAGAGAAAUUUAGAAGUUUAGAAAAUAAUUAUAUGGCAUUAAGAGAUAAAAAGGGUAACACUGUUGAUAUAGAAUCAUUAAUUCCAAAUUCUUCAAAAUUAACCAUUACAAAUCCAACAACAACAACAACAACAACAACAACAACAACAACAACAACAACAACAAAUGAUACUACAACCACUAAUACUACUACUACUGAUAAACCUGAAAAAGUAAAUUCAUUUUUAAAUACUGCAACUGGUGGAAAAAUGAAUUCAGUUUCAUACACUCCAGAAUUUGAAUCUGGUGCUAAAAAAGUGGAAUCAUUAAUAAAAGAAAGUGAAAAAAGAUCUUUAAGACUUGAACAAUUAGUUGAAAAACAGUUUGAAGAAUUACUCGAAAAAUCAUAUGGACCAUCUUCUUCAUCAUCAUCAUCCUCCUCCUCCUCUUCCUCUUCCUCUUCAAAAUAA